AUGCGAAAAAAACGUGAGAAAGAGCACCGUAAACGCAAAACAAACGUUGAGAAAGGGGAGAAACGAAGAUUAAGCGAGAACCGAAAGCUCAUGCAGUUGGAAGACAAAGCCACUAGACGUGUCAUGGCAGCUGAAAGACGUUUGCUCACAGCCAAGUUGAAGGAAGACAAACGCGUAGCCACUGAACAGCGCCGAAAAAAUGCCCAAGAGAGAAAAGAAGCUGGAGAGCGAGAUAAAGAGGCAAGGCGGAUGGUCCGGCUCCAGAACGAAGUGCUGCGAGGUAAGAAGUCAGCAAAAAGGGCCAAGAUGUAG